GCUCUCUCGGAAAGAAACGUGCCCGAUAACUUAAAGCGCCCGCUGAGUACUUGUACCUGUCACUGUCCCCCGCACUUUUAGUGCUCUCGACCCCCUUUUUUUAUUACUAAUAAACACUGCAGGGUCGUCAUGUCGUGAUGAAGCUAGCCAUUGACCUCAUCUAAUUGUACUCCCUUCUCAAUGCAAUGUCAACGUUUACACUUACAAACAGCGGGACGCUGUGAUUGAUUCUGUAGCGAGGGUUCCAGCCUCGGUCCGGACUUCCCAAGUAAAUACCCUAGUGACAAGAUGCAAAUCAUCAACUACGCGGCGUGGAUCCCCGCCGAAAAGGCGCCCCUGGAGGUCGGCACCGCUCCGUACCCCGACAUCAGCGCCGACGAAGUCAUCGUCAAGAACCGCGCCGUAGCAGUCAACCCGGUAGACUGGAAGAUUCAAUCAUGGGGCGGCUUUGGGCUGAAGUACCCCACGGUCCUAGGCGAGGACAUUGCCGGCGAAAUCGUCGAAGUCGGUAAGAACGUGACAGGCCUCAAGAAGGGCGAUCGAGUCAUCGCGCAUGCACUGGGGAUGGCCAAUGGUCCUGCGUACGGCGGGUUUCAGUUGUAUCCACGACUCAAGGCCGCGACGGUGGCUAAGAUUCCUGACGAUCUCGAGUUCAAGUCUGCUGUCGUUCUGCCGCUGAGUAUUUCGACUGCUGCGGCGGGAUUGUAUCUUAAGGGGAAUCUAGGGUUGGAGUUCCCGGUGCUGAAGAAAGAUGCACCACAACAGAUUUACACUGCAGAUGCCACGACAGAGCCGGGGGCCUGGACGCUAGUUGAGGUUGAAAAGGAGAAGACAAAAAGGCCAGUCCUGCUUCUGUGGGGCGGAUCCUCGUCCGUUGGGUCAUCUGUGAUUCAACUCGCCGUCGCAUCAGGGUAUGAUGUUGUGACAACGGUGUCGCCGGCGAAUUACAGCUAUGCAAAAGCUCUGGGUGCAUCGCUGGUGUUGGACUAUCACAACCCGGACAUCGUGGCCAUUUUGAUCUCGUUGCUGAAAGAGCACGGUGCCCCCGUGGUUGGUGCGUACGACUCGAUCGGGUCGGAGACGACUGUUCAACAGAAUGCUGCGGUUCUGCAUGCCCUUGGUGGCGGCAAGAUUGCUAGUGUUGGCGCCGCGCCGGAUGGGCUACCUGGAGAUGUCAAGGUCGGCAGGAUUGGCAGCGGGAAUAUUGUAAGCCAGGAGGGUGGCGUGGUCGCGAAGAAGGUAUGGCAAGAGUAUGUCGCUGCUGCUUUGGAAGAGGAGUCGUUCAAGCCUGCGCCGGAUGAGCUGGUGGUGGGCAAUGGGCUAUAUUAUGUCCAGGGUGGACUUGAUAGGCAAAAGGAGGGCGUGAGCGCGAAGAAAGUGGUCGUGACGCUGUGAUAUGACGAUACGUCUAGCGCCUGUUGCUUGAUGACACGUAAGAGCAUGGCUUG